AACCAGGAGCAGAAACAAGGACACAGGAGUGGCUACACAGGAGACGGACACAAACUGUAGCCAGGCUAGCGGCAGACUACUCUGGGGCAGUCCAGGAUGAGAGCGCUGUCAUCAUAACACAGCAGCCUCCAGACCUCCUCACCGUAAUGGCCACCAGUAUAGUGGAUGACACUAGCGUGUCUGGAGUCCUGCUGCUGCUGCUCUGUCUCCUGCUCAUCACGGCCUGGUGCCUCACUAACGCCUCACACAUACCAGGUCCUUUCUUCUGGGCUGGUCUGGGUCCAAUCCUGUCCUACUCUAGGUUCAUCUGGAGUGGGAUAGGAACAGCCUGUAACUACUACAACAAGAGAUAUGGGAGUAUGGUUCGGGUCUGGAUCAACGGAGAAGAGACUCUCAUUCUUAGCAAGUCCUCUGCUGUCUACCAUGUCCUGAAGAGUGCCCACUACACAGCCCGGUUCGCCAGUAAACGAGGACUGCAGUGUAUCGGGAUGGACGGGAGAGGUAUCAUCUUCAACAGUGACAUCCCACUCUGGAAAAAAAUGAGGACAUAUUUUGCGAAAGCUCUGACAGGGCCUGGUCUGCAGCGGACAGUAGGGAUCUGUGUGAGUGCAACAGACAGGCACCUGGAGCGUCUGCAGGAGAUGACUGACCCCUCUGGACACGUAGAUGUUCUCAACCUGUUGAGAUGCAUCGUAGUGGACAUUUCUAACAAACUGUUCCUCAGGGUGCCUCUCAACGAGAAGGAGCUGCUAUUGAAGAUUCAACACUACUUUGACACCUGGCAAACGGUUCUGAUCAAGCCUGAUAUCUUCUUCAAAUGUGGAUGGAUGUACAAGAGGCAUCAACAAGCAGCCAAGGAGCUACAGGACGUGAUGGAAAGCCUUAUCGAAACCAAAAGAAGAAUUAUCAGUGAUGCUGAAAAACUGGAUGAGGAUAUUGACUUCACCUCAGAACUCAUCUUCGCCCAGAACCAUGGAGAGCUGUCGGCAGACGACGUGAGACAGUGUGUGUUGGAGAUGGUGAUAGCAGCCCCAGACACUCUGUCCAUCAGUCUGUUCUUCAUGCUCAUGCUGCUGAAGCAGAACCCUGAGGUGGAGAUGAGGAUUGUAGAGGAGAUCAGCACUCUCAUAGGAGAGAAGGAUGUAAUGACAGCCGACUUCCAGAACUUCAGAGUGCUGGAGAGUUUUAUCAACGAGUCCAUGAGGUUCCAUCCUGUGGUAGACUUCACCAUGAGGAAGGCGCUGGAAGAUGACGUCAUCGAUGGGACCAAGGUUUCCAAGGGAACCAACAUCAUCCUCAACAUAGGGCUCAUGCACAAAACUGAGUUCUUCCCCAAACCCAACGAAUUCAGCUUGGAAAACUUUGAUAAAACUGUGCCCAGUCGUUUCUUCCAGCCGUUCGGCUGUGGUCCCCGCUCCUGUGUGGGAAAACACAUUGCCAUGAUGAUGAUGAAGGCUGUCCUGGUGACGCUGUUGUCGCGGUACACGGUGUGUCCUCGUCAUGGCAACACACUGAGCAGCAUCAGGCAGACAAACAACCUGUCACAGCAACCCGUAGAGGAUGAACACAGUCUGGCAAUGAGGUUCAUACCAAGACAGAUGACCAUAACCUAACCACAUCCACUACUGACCACCACCACUACUGACCACCACCACUACUAACCACAACCACUACUGACCACCACCACCACUACAGACCACAACCACCACUACAGACCACAACCACCACUACUGACCACCACCACUACUGACCACCACCACUACUAACCACAACCACUACUGACCACAACCACUACUGACCACCACCACCACUACAGACCACAACCACCACUACAGACCACAACCACCACUACUGACCAAACCACCAAUACUGACCACAGCCACUACUGACCACAACCACUACUGACCCCUACAACCAAUAUAACCUGUCCUGAUCCAAAAACCUGUCACAGCAACUUGUUGACCACAACCAGCCACCAGCCACCACUGACCACAACCAGCCUCCACUGACCACAACCAGUCUCCACUGACCACAACCAGCCUCCACUGACCACAACCAGACUCCACUGACAACAACCAGCCACCACUGACCACAACCAGCCUCCACUGACAACAACCAGCCUCCACUGACAACAACCAGCCUCCACUGACAACAACCAGUCUCCACUGACCACAACCAGCCACCACAACCAGCCGCUACUGACCACAACCGGCCAGUUACCACUGACCACAACCAGCCUCCACUGACCUAGAACCAGCCUCCACUGACCACAACCAGCCUCCACUGACCACAACCAGCCUCCUCUGACCACUGAUCACAACCAGGCACCACUGACUACAACCG